AUUGUAUUCAUAUUACGUCAUAACUAAAAAUCAAAUACAGCCUCUUAGUUUUUAUUAACAUGUAUGGUGUGGCAGAUAUUGAAUUCGGACUUACUGAUGUUUUUACUGAAAAUUUUGAAAUUAUGUAAAAUUUAAAUAUCGAACUUAAGAAUUUGGGUAAAAUUGCCAUGAAUGAUGCCAAACAGAAGAUAUGGCUAUAAAAAGGAGUAAAUUAAGCGCGGCGAAAACGUUGCCGGCGAAGAAAUUGUACAGGAUAUGUUUGGCUGCAUUUUGGGUAAUCGUUGCGUUUGCUUUCCUCCAUAACCUCUCCAUGGCUACCAUGUAUACUCUAGUCACGAAAAUUAAGAUGAAAAGCUUCAGAGAUAUGGAGGUACACGAUAACAAGUUUUUCCACGUUGAUUCUAACAACGAUUACCAAAAUAGCGAUACAUUCGUCUCUUUGAUCGACAACAGUGUUCAUAUAUACAGUGCCAUAGCUUAUAAUUCAACAGAACAAUACGUAUUUGAUUCCAUUUAUUUGAGUGGUUGGGAAAAUAGGAUGUGGUCCAGGUUUUAUAAACCAAAUUUCACGUGCUGCCUGAUCUACGGAAAGAAAAACAAUGAUAUCAUGGCUACCCGUGUUUCAGAAAGGCACAACUGGUACUACGUCGGGAAAGCAAAACUUGAAGUGAAACAAUAUGUGUGUCCGAAUGUUUUGCGCGGACAUAAUCGGGUACCAGUAGCAAUUUCGUUAGGAAUUGAUAAACAGUGUCCGAAAAAUCAUUCAAAGUAUAUAAAAAUUGAUUAUCCUCAAAGGCAAGCGGAGGGCCGGAUUGCAGUAUGUGCCAAACUUGUUUAUGAAAACAUAUCGGCCUCAGCCAUGAUAGAAUGGUUCGAGUACCAGGUAAUGAUGAACGUGAGCAAAAUCUUGUUGUAUACUAAUAACUUGAACGCAGACGCCAUGAGUGUUUUACGAUACUACAAAUCAGUUGGAAUAUGCGAAUAUCUGCCAUUCACGACACCGCCCAUAGAUGACAACGUAAGAGGUGUAGGAAUAAAGAAUUUCCAAGGCUGGAACGACGAGCAGGUGCCCGUGUAUGAUUGUCAGGGAAAAUUAUCCGGGUACACGUUUGUGGGAUUAUAUGACGUGGAUGAAUACGUAUAUGCCCCUGAAGGCCAAAGCUUAACACAUAUUCUUAAUAGUUUGAUAGAAAAUCAUCCAAAUGCAGCCGGUUUUACCUUCAAAACGGAAAUAUAUGCUACUACAUGGGGUCAGGAUAACAGCACUGACGCUAUUCGAGAUCUUACCAUUGGGUCAUAUACGAUGAGAACCGAAGCUUAUCGGGAUCGAGUGAAAUCUAUAGUAAGAACAGAUAGGCUUGUACCCGGUCGUAUGUCAACACAUGGUUACUGGGCACGGAAACCAUUUAGAAAACCAGUCAUAGAUGAAAGCUUUGCCACUUUAAAACAUUACAGAACCUGCAGGAAAGAAUGGCUAAGAAAAGGUGGAGACAAGUGUUAUAAAACAAUUGAGAAAAUUAAGGAUACAUCAAUGUUGCAAAUUGCUGCAAAUAUAAAGCAAAGGGUUUCUGAAGUAAAGCAUAAAUUAGGCAUUACAUAGACUUUAAAAUAUUAAUCUAUGUUACUUUGAAAUAAACUAAUUUUAAAUCGAU